AUGGUGGGUACCCGCGCUCGCAACAGAGCGACCCGCUCCGUGUCCGGACGCCGUCAGAGGUUGCAAAGAUCCACCACAGGAGCAGCCUCGACGGCCGUGAGGAAGCCGGUGGCCUCGUCGAGCCGGAAAAGAAAAGCCAGCCUCACGGACGACAUAUCGCCACCAGACAGCACUGACAAGGCAAAGAAAAGAAAAGCCAGUCUCGCGGACGAUAUAUCGCAAUCAGACAGCACUGACAAGGCAAAAACGCCAAAGACUGCUGUUGCUACCGCCAAAAAAGAGAGGCGACUGCGUCGAUACCGACCUACAGCACCCGAAAGCUUUCGUGAAAUCUAUCGUCGUGCCUUAACCCAGAGGUUUUACAUCCUUGACCGAUAUCGUUGCGGCACUGCAGAUAUCCCCGAGGAGGAGGUCCAGCUGACGGGCUCUACCGGCAAUAUUUAUACAGUUCAUAUCUGUCAGAAGCCGUCUUGCACCUGUCCACACUGGCUAAAGGGCAACCAAUGCAAGCAUUGGCUCUAUGUCAUGUCGCGAGUCCUACGCGCCAAGUACGAGCUCACGUACCAACUGGCCCUUGUUCCCAGUGAACUCAGGGAGAUAUUUGCAAACGCCCCGCCCAUUGAUGCCUCGUCAGAGGGGUCUCAAGACAAGAACCGCAAACCCGUAGAGGGCGAUUGCCCCAUCUGCUUCUCAGAGUUCGAGACCGGGAGCGACGAAACCAUUGUGUGGUGUCGCGCAGCAUGCGGUCAGAACAUCCACAAGGACUGCUUCGAGACGUGGGCGGCUACAAAAACAAAACGUCGUGGUUCCGGCGCAGGUGACGUGACUUGCCCGUUCUGCCGGAGCAUCUGGCAAGGCGACGACGAUAUGGUGAAGAGGAUCAAGGGGGGAGGCAAAAUCACCCACGAAGGCUACGUCAACGUCGCCGAUGAGCUGGGCAUCAGUCCUUACAGGGGUAAGAUCGCAUAG